CUGAAACGCCAUAUAGGACCAAUAUAGGGAUGCGUUCUCUAUCAUUCUCUAUGGCUGGGAGAUUUCCAAACUUUUUUUGUAUCACCCUGUCAUCACAGAAACAUUGAUGAAGAAGUGACUGGCUGCGACUUCAACUGUUUGUUGUUGUAGCUUUCAUUUAUAACCACAUGUUCACAGCAUUUAUCCUACAGAAUGCGUUCCCUUGGACUGUGUAGUUUGAUGUUUCUUGUGAUCGUUGUUUGUUCCACGGAGUUGACGUUUGAGUUACCUGAUAACGACAAGCAAUGUUUCUAUGAAGAGCUCCAGAAUGGAGUGAAGUUUGACCUAGACUUUCAAGUGAUUGCAGGAGGGAACUACGAUGUGGACUGCUUUGUAACAGAUCCAGUGAACAAUGUCCUGUAUCAGGAGAGGAAGAAGCAGUAUGAUAGCUUCUCUCACACCACCACUAUGAAAGGAACCUACAAGGUCUGCUUCAGCAACGAGUUCUCUACCUUCUCCCACAAGACCGUCUACCUGGACUUCAGGUCCGGAGAGGAGAGACCCCUACUGCCUGACAUGAACAGAGACACAGCCUUAACACAGAUGGAGUCGGCCUGUCUGUCCAUCCAUGAGAUCCUGAAGGUAGUGUCUGACUCUCAGACCUGGUAUCGGUUACGGGAGGCUCAUGACCGCAUCCGAGCAGAGGACCUCCAUGAGCGUGUGUCCUAUUGGUCGAUAGGAGAAACUAUAAUCCUUUUCACUGUCAGCAUUGGACAGGUUCUCAUUCUCAGGAGCUUCUUCAGUGACAAGAAGGGCAGUGUUUCAGCCAACACAUAGAUCCCACCAUUAUUAUAUAUAUGAUACAUUCUAUAAUACUGGGUUAGUGUUGCAGCCAACCCAUAGAUCCCACCAUUAUUAUAUAUAUGAUACAUUCUAUAAUACUGGGUUAGUGUUGCAGCCAACCCAUAGAUCCCACCAUUAUUAUAUAUAUAUGAUACAUUCUAUAAUACUGGGUUAGUGUUGCAGCCAACCCAUAGAUCCCACCAUUAUUAUAUAUAUAUAUGAUACAUUCUAUAAUACUGGGUUAGUGUUUCAGCCAACACAUAGAUCCCACCAUUAUUAUAUAUAUAUAUGAUACAUUCUAUAAUACUGGGUUAGUGUUGCAGCCAACCCAUAGAUCCCACCAUUAUUAUAUAUAUAUAUGAUACAUUCUAUAAUACUGGGUUAGUGUUGCAGCCAACCCAUAGAUCCCACCAUUAUUAUAUAUAUGAUACAUUCUAUAAUACUGGGUUAGUGUUGCAGCCAACCCAUAGAUCCCACCAUUAUUAUAUAUAUGAUACAUUCUAUAAUACUGGGUUAGUGUUUCAUUCAACACAAGAUAUUGUAUUAUAGGUCAUCUGCAACUAGACUGUAACCUACCUUCAUACCCCACAACAAACUGUAGUCCUAUACAGUUAUAUUAAAGGACUUCAGGAACUAUUAAAUCUGUCUGGUAUUAAGACACUAGCUUGUGGACUCUAGCCUCUGAAAAUGAAAUACUGUGGUUGCAACAGCUGUUUAGUGAUUUCAAUCAAAAUAGGUGCAACCUAACACACCUGUGGUACACCAAGCCUUUAUUUGUUUUUGUCUCAGUGUACAUCAUUAAUUUGUGCUAUGACAUUAAUUUAUUGUGUGUGUAAAACGUUUUGUUGGUCUGUCUCGCCCUCUCUCUUGUACACAGUCACACACACCAUAACCCCACAAUUUGAUUUCCAUUUCAAAUCCUAUUUUCCCUUUCCUUAACCCCAACCCCUAAGCCUUUGUCCUUGUGGGGAUGUGGUAAAUGUUCCCACGAGGGAGGAUUUUCCUUGUUUUACUAUCCUUGUGAGGACUUUUGGCAAUUCCUGGCCCACUUGAAGAUAGGGGCGUGUCUUGACUAUCAUUAAAGUCAAUAAUGUUACAUUA